GUGAGACUGCACCUUGUGUUGUGGACCCAGUCAAAUAGUUUACUUUUUUGUAAAGAAAUUUUAAUUAAAAUUAAAAUACAGUGACAACUACAGAUAAAUAUUGUCAGCUAUAAAAGAUGAUAAACUGUUUAUUUCACUGAUGCAACAAUUGUGAGUGAAUAUUAAAAAAAAAAAUAUCAGAAAUUCUGAUAAAAGCUAUGUUUUGUAAACUAUUAAAACAGUGGAUUUAUAAACUGGAAAUGAAAAUAUAGUCUGGAAAAAUAAUGUGUUGUUGAGUAACAGUGUUCAAUGUAAAUUGUCACUAUAUUAUUAUAUAUUUUAACUUCCGUAUUUACACCUUAAAUGGAAAAUAAUCUACAGUGAAUAGUUUGCCAGUGACAAACCACGAAAAAUGGUACAUUUAAAUAUUUGAGUGCAAUUUUCAAAAAGCAGAUCAGCUCGAUGCGAUGGAGAAAUUUCCACUGAAGGGUACAUCAUCAACAUCAUUCAGCAAUUCUGCACUAGCCACUUAUCACUCGGUCGAUGCCCAGAAUGGUAAUGGAGUAAAAAAUGGUAACUCGGAUAACGCACGUUUAAGAAGCGGUGCAACAAGUCGUGUUGGAAGUCAAAGUAGUGAUGAAGAUAUGCUUGUGGCUAAUCAACAAUCAGCUUCACAUAAAUCAGGAAAUAAUGCUUAUCUAGAGAGAAGUCUUCGUCUUGAUGAUGCAUCAUCACAUUUUUCAGCCGAUUCAGAUGACAUUCCUGGAAUCGGUCAAUAUGAUGAUUUUCAUACAAUUGAUUGGCAAAGAGAUAUUGCGAGAGAUCGUAUGCGACAUCGUUAUAUAUUGAAAAAGAAACACGAUUCAAUUUGGGAUUUAAUUAAGGGUGCACAUGAUGCAUGGUCAGGAUGGCUUUGUGUUUUAUUUGUCGGUCUUUUUACUGGUGUGGCGGCUGGUGUUAUUGAUAUUGGCGCAUCAUGGAUGUCAGAUUUAAAAUUUGGAAUAUGUCCCGAAGCAUUUUGGCUCAAUAAAGAGCAAUGUUGUUGGAGUUAUAAUGAAACAAAUUUCGAUGGAGAAAAUUGCUCACAGUGGUUAACAUGGCCUGAAGUUUUUAAACAAUCGAAAGAUGGAACUGGCUCAGAUUUUAUUUCAUAUUUAUUCUAUGUAGCAUGGGCUCUUCUAUUUGCGUCAUUAUCAGCCUCAUUAGUGAGAAUGUUUGCUCCGUAUGCUUGUGGUUCUGGUAUACCUGAGAUAAAAACUAUUUUAAGCGGUUUCAUAAUACGAGGAUAUUUGGGAAAAUGGACACUUAUUAUAAAAUCCGUGGGUCUUAUUCUGUCUGUAUCGGCGGGUUUAAAUUUAGGAAAAGAAGGACCGAUGGUACAUAUAGCGUGUUGCAUAGGCAAUAUUUUUUCAUAUUUAUUUCCCAAGUACGGUAGAAAUGAAGCGAAAAAGAGGGAAAUUUUAUCAGCCGCUGCAGCUGCUGGUGUUUCUGUAGCUUUUGGAGCACCGAUUGGCGGUGUUUUGUUCAGUUUGGAAGAGGUCAGUUACUAUUUUCCCUUAAAAACACUGUGGCGAUCAUUUUUCUGUGCUCUAAUUGCUGCAUUCGUAUUACGAUCAAUUAAUCCAUUUGGAAAUGAGCAUUCUGUUUUAUUUUAUGUCGAAUACAAUAAACCUUGGAUAUUUUUUGAAUUAAUUCCAUUUGUGAUGCUAGGAAUAAUUGGAGGAGUCAUUGGUUCAUUAUUUAUUAGAGCAAACCUCUACUGGUGUCGUUAUCGCAAAACUUCCAAACUUGGUCAAUAUCCAGUUACCGAAGUAUUGGCAGUUACUGUCAUAACAGCAAUAAUUGCUUAUCCUAACCGAUAUACAAGAAUGAGUACAAGUCAGUUGAUUUAUUUGCUUUUCAGGCAGUGCGGUGUCUCGAAUGCUGAUUUAAUAUGCGACUACAAUCGAAAUUUUACGACAGUCGGUUCGGGAAUUGAUGUAGCCACAGCUGAUGCAGGUGUAUUUGAUGCUGUUUGGCUUUUGGUGAUUGCGUUAAUUUUGAAAUUUAUUUUGACGAUAUUUACAUUUGGUAUGAAAGUUCCCUGUGGCUUAUUCAUACCAUCAUUGUGCUUUGGAGCAAUAAUUGGACGUAUCGUUGGUAUUGGAAUGGAACAACUCGCCUAUAAUUAUCCUCAUAUUUGGAUGUUUAGCGAAGAAUGUUCAACGGGCGUUAAUUGCAUUACACCAGGAUUAUAUGCAAUGGUUGGUGCCGCUGCAGUUUUAGGUGGUGUGACAAGAAUGACAGUUUCAUUGGUUGUUGUUAUGUUUGAAUUAACUGGAGGUGUUAGAUAUAUUGUGCCAUUAAUGGCAGCAGCAAUGGCAAGUAAAUGGGUUGGUGAUGCACUUGGAAAACAGGGAAUUUAUGACGCUCAUAUUGGACUCAACGGUUAUCCAUUUUUAGACAGUAAAGAUGAAUUUCAACAUACAACAUUAGCUGCUGAUGUCAUGCAACCUAAGCGUAAUGAAGCAUUACAUGUACUUACACAGGAUUCAAUGACAGUUGAGGAUGUGGAAACAUUAUUGAAAGAAACUGAACACAAUGGUUUUCCAGUUAUUGUUUCGAAAGAAUCACAAUAUUUAGUUGGUUUUGUAUUGAGAAGAGAUCUGAAUUUAGCUAUUGCAAAUGCCAAAAGAAUGAUGGAGGGCAUUACACGACAAUCACUUAUUCUUUUUACAAGUGGAAGUAAUAUUCAAUCACACGGUAUGCCACCACCUUUAAAAUUGAAAAAAAUUCUCGACAUGGCACCCAUAACAAUUACGGAUCAAACUCCAAUGGAAGCUGUUGUUGAUAUGUUUAGAAAAUUGGGAUUACGACAAACACUUGUCACGCAUAAUGGUCGAUUACUAGGAGUAAUUACUAAAAAAGACGUCCUAAGACAUGUAAAGCAGUUGGAUAAUGAAGAUCCAAAUUCUGUAUUAUUUAAUUAAUAUUCUCAUGUUUCAUUUUAUAUUUUAAAUCCAAAAUGAAACAUCAUUCGGCAAUAGUAAUGAUUAUUAUUUUUAUUAUUAUUGACAUUCAGUUAUGCUAAUAAAGCAAAUAAAAAAAGAAAUGAUUAGACUAAAUUGUGCGUGAAUAAAAUUAAAAAUUCAUCAAAUCAA